AUGGCAAACACCACACAUCUUGCUGUCAAAUUAAUGGACAUCAGCAGCCAGUUGCCCCAAAAUGAACAUGAUGAUUUUCUUGACUUCUAUGAUAUGGACUACGGAGUACCAGCUGAAGAGAUGCCGGACACCACGCAGGGCCUGGCCUAUUUUGUUGCCACAAUUGUCAUAGGAGUGGUUCUUGUCUGCAUCAUGUUAGUUUGUGGCUUUGGCAACUUCCUAUUUAUAGCCACCCUGGCUCGCUACAAAAAGCUAAGAAAUGUCACCAACCUUUUGAUUGCAAAUCUGGCUAUAUCAGACUUUAUUGUGGCUGUUGUGUGCUGCCCUUUCCUGGUGGAUUACUAUGUGGUAAAACAGCUGUCCUGGGACCACGGGAAACUGCUCUGUGCCUGUGUCAACUAUCUCCGAACUGUGUCACUCUAUGUGUCCACCAACGCCUUGUUAGCCAUUGCCGUGGACAGGUACAUGGCAAUCAUUUACCCAUUAAGGCCCAGGAUGAAACACCAGACUGCCUACUGUCUGUUCACGGGUGUGUGGAUUGUUCCAGUCAUCAUAUCUAUACCUUCAGCCUACUUCACUUCUGCAACCAAGGUGCCUCACAUUGGCAAUCAUAGUAAAACCUUCUGUGCCCAGAUCUGGACUGUAGACCAGCAGCUCUACUAUCGUUCCUACUACCUCUUCAUCUUUGCUGUGGAGUUCUUGGGACCAGUCCUGACUAUGGCCCUUUGCUACAUGCGCAUUUCCAAAGAGCUUUGGUUCAAGAGUGUACCAGGCUUUCAGACAGAGCAGAUCCGGAAGCGCUUGCGUUGUCGGAGAAAGACAGUCAUGGUGCUCAUCGGGAUUUUUACUGCAUACAUUCUAUGCUGGGCACCAUACUAUGGCUACACUAUCCUGCGUGACUUUUAUCCAACCCUUAUAGCCAGAGAAAAAAACUCGCUGGUGGCUUUCUAUAUCAUUGAGUGCAUCGCCAUGAGCAACAGCAUGAUCAACACCUUCUGUUUUGUCAGCGUAAAAAAUAACACAGUCAAGUACUUAAAAAGGAUUGUGCUGCUCCGCUGGAAAUCCACCUACACUGCCAGGAAGACAGUGAAUGAAAUAGAGAUCAGAACAGUGUCUAUGCCAUUAACUGGGGAAAUUGACUGUAUACAGCUGAGGUGA